GUCGAGCGGGGCGCGGUCGCUGUCAGUCGUCACGGAGUGUAGCUGGUGCUUGUCAUACGGCCGCCAUUAUCUCAUACAAAUUCACAAAAUCAAUUAAAUUGUACGUUAUCGUUACGCGUUAAAGUGUAGUGGAUGAAGUAAUUGUGAAAAUCACGAGAUCGUGAUAAAUUCUACUGUGCUGUGACGUCAAGUCGAGCUUGUGCUAAGUGGUUACAGUUAGGUUACAGUGUUGAGUGUUAGGCGAGUAGGGUGGCUCCGGUAAAACCGGAGGCGCAAGACGCGUGUGGAGCGUAUGCAGAGGGAGCGGUGAGAUCGCGCCCGGCUCGGGAGUCGGGGCGGAAGGCGGUCUGGGCUAAGAAACAACUGCCGACAUGGGGUGCACUCAGUCGGCCGAGGAACGCGCGGCAGCCGCUCGGAGUAGACAGAUCGAAAGGAACUUGAAAGAAGAUGGAAUCCAAGCUUCCAAAGAUAUAAAACUUUUGCUGCUAGGUGCUGGUGAAUCUGGAAAAAGUACGAUAGUUAAACAAAUGAAAAUUAUUCACGAGAGCGGCUUCACAAAUGAGGACUUCAAACAAUACCGGCCGGUGGUUUAUAGCAACACAAUCCAGUCACUGGUCGCCAUACUGCGCGCCAUGCCUAACCUGGGCAUCACCUAUGGGAACAAGGAUCGUGAGAGUGACGGAAAGAUGGUGUUCGACGUCAUCCAGCGAAUGGAGGACACGGAGCCGUUCAGUGAGGAACUGCUGGCUGCCAUGAAGAGGCUCUGGGCUGAUGCCGGUGUCCAAGAGUGCUUCGGGCGUUCUAACGAGUAUCAACUCAACGAUUCAGCUAAAUAUUUCUUGGAUGAUCUGGAUCGGUUAGGCGCCAGGGAUUACCAGCCCACGGAGCAGGAUAUCUUAAGAACCAGAGUCAAAACCACCGGAAUCGUAGAGGUUCACUUCUCUUUCAAAAACCUUAACUUUAAAUUGUUCGACGUGGGUGGUCAACGGUCGGAACGGAAGAAGUGGAUCCAUUGCUUCGAGGAUGUGACCGCGAUCAUAUUCUGUGUCGCCAUGUCCGAGUACGACCAGGUGUUGCACGAAGAUGAGACAACGAACCGUAUGCAAGAGAGUCUGAAGCUGUUCGACUCGAUCUGCAACAACAAGUGGUUCACCGACACCAGCAUCAUCCUCUUCCUCAACAAGAAAGAUCUCUUCGAGGAGAAGAUCCGCAAGUCGCCUCUCACCAUCUGCUUUCCGGAGUACACGGGUGCCCAAGAGUACGGCGAGGCGGCCGCCUACAUCCAGGCGCAGUUCGAGGCCAAGAACAAGUCCACCACGAAGGAGAUCUACUGCCACAUGACGUGCGCCACCGACACCAACAACAUCCAGUUCGUGUUCGACGCCGUCACCGACGUCAUCAUCGCCAACAACCUCCGCGGCUGCGGCCUCUACUAGGCUCGUCCGGCGUCCCGGCGUCCUCCGGGCGCGUCCGGCGCCGCGACGGUGUCGCGAAACUCUCCGAACGUCUCGUUUCUUUCGGCGAUGUAGUUUUGUUUCGAUUGUUUUUCCGCUUCGGAAGGGUUUCCCGCGCCGCUCGGGACGGCGACGCGCGCGGAGCGUUUAUUUGUAUUCGUUCACGACGCGCCAGGUUCGCCCGCGCGUCUCCGUUCGUAUCGAGAUGCGCCGGUCGUCGCCGCCGCCGCGGACCCUCGGCGCGACCGGCUCCGAUCGGUCCCUCCGACCUUUUAGACGUCUAGAGUUCGAUUCUAAAUUUUGGUGCUGGAUGCGUCGGGCGGGCCGGUCGCCGUCUCGCGGCCUACUAUCAUUCCAUUGACCGUUCCUCUCCUGAGAUAUUUAUUUUUUAUAAUCUUUACGGUGUCUCACGUUUCUUUCGUGUUCGUAUCGUUUUCUAUAUCGCUUUACGGCAAACGAGGUCCGCGCGUCGUUCGGCCGUCGGUUUCGCGGCGAAUCGGAGGCGAGUUUGGCGGAGCCGGUCGAGCGAGACGAGUAUAUAGUCGGCUCCGUCAUUUGUACUAUUUAACAUAAUUUAUUAUCGAUAAUAAAGAAAUCUUACUUUAAGAGUUAGGACAGUAACCGUACGGAUAAACCUUAUUAAUAAUGCAAUUAGAGUAACCUUCCCCGUCGAGUAGUCGAGCGGUUCGUUCGUAUCGCGUCGACGGAUCGCGUGGAGAGCGAUCGCUCGAAGGAAGCGCGCGGACCGCUCCCUCCCUCUGCCGAACCAAAGAUUUCCGAUACUUUCGAUUGAUUUAACCGAUCGCUCUAAAUCGCUAACUAUUUUUCGUAGAUUCGGUCGCCGUUCGUUCGAAUCGGUCGAGCGGUCCGCGGACGAGCGUCGGCUCGCUUGUUGCUAGGUAGGUUUUUUACUGUUAUGUAACGAUAUGUGUACGUUAAGCGAGAGUGAUCACCGUUAGCGCGGUUGACGUACGUUAAGCUUCGUCACGCCGAGAGCUGCCGCCGUUCCGUCGCUCCAAACUUUAAUUUGUGAGACUCCUCACUCCGCUGUCGAAGCUCAAAUCUGGCAAAUGCUUUUUGAGAAGACUGAGUCGUCGCUCAAACGUUUUGACGCUUUUUGAAAUCGACGUGCAGUCUUCGACGUCGCUUGUUCAUUUUUGCCAAAGUUAAUAUUCCUAAACGUUUGAAGGACUGUGGCGUUCGACGAGACUCCGACGUUAUAAUCUAGAAGGUAUCGGGCCGAGUGAGGCGGGGUCUUUAGAUUUGGUCGACGUUACCUAUUAGCGCACGCGAGAGCCGCCGGCCCUGAGUCGUCUCGACUUCGCGGAGUCCCUCGCCGCGUCGGAGGUCGGAGGCUUCGGCCUUCGCGUGAAGAUGUGGAGAAGCGAUGAGGCCGAGCGGUUCGAGUCGAACAAAUGUUUAAAGAAAUAAAAGUUUUAGUCACUAGCGGGUAAUUUUUGAAUGUGAUUCAAUCUUAUCUUUAUUUUUCUAUAUCGAGUGACUUUAUUGUUAGUUUAUUUUUCCAAUUGUGUUUUGUAAUGCAUUUAUUGAGAGCGAUGUAUUUAACCAACGAUGUAAUUAAACAAUAUUUUCUCUUUUGUAUCUCAUCUG